AUGGCGAAUGGCGGCGGAAAGCAAGAUAAAGGAGAGGGGGGAGAUGCCAACGCCCCUGCGGUCGCUGGGGACAACCCACUACUUGAUCGCCCUUCAGAUAAUCAUCAGACAUCGGAGGGAGGGGAGAAUGCAGAUGACAACGAAGGAGGCUGGACACAACUGCCUCCACCAAGACAAAUGGCGCCAGUUUUUAGAGCUGAACUAAGAAUGAGGGGUCCUCCGCUCAGACCGCCAGUGAGAGGACCUUGGAUGGAAACGGGACCUAAUGUUUCUGGAGGUCAGCCUACUUUCGGACCCAGGUUUAACAUGGGCCCUCCAUUCAAUCGACCUUCAUUCGAGGGAGGACCCGGACCUAUGUUCGAAAGACCUCCAUUCAAUCGCAUGCCUUUUGAUGGGCCUAGACCACCGUUUGAUGGUAUGAGACCGCCAUUCGAUGGGCCACGACCUCCCUUCGACGGUCCUAGGCCGCCAUUUGAUGGUCCAAGACCACCAUUUGACGGCCCAAGGCCCUUGCUCGAUGGACCACGGCCGCACUUUGACGGUCCAAAAUCACGACCUCCCUUCGAUGGACCCAGACCGCAUUUUGAUGGGCCGCGCCCACCUUUCGACGGUCCCCGGCCACGCUUUGAUGGCCCUCGUCCCCACUUUGAAGGUUCUAGACCACUUCUUGAUGGUCCUAGGCCACCCUUUAAUGGACCAAGGCCACCGUUUGACGGACCUCGGCCACCAUUUGAUGGUCCCAGACCAUAUGACGGAUUCGAAGGAGACAGGCCUUUCGAUGGACCUAGAUUUGAUGGUCCUCCCGAAUUCUUUGAUAGAAAUAGGAGAUUCGAUGACAGAGAACAAUUUGAUCGGAGCUGGAAUAGAGACCGAGAUAGAGAAUGGGAUAGAAGGAACGAUUGGGAUGACAGAAGAAGAGAUAGAAGAAGUACAGGUAAUCCUGAUAAUGAAGAUAGGUUUAGGGAAAGAAAUGAUAGACGAAGAAAUCAUGACGAUAGAGGAAAACAACGCGAAGAUAGGUCCUCUAGAAGAGAUAAAGAUAGAAAGUCUAGGUGGGGCGCCGCAGAUGAAACCGAAAAUCAGACUUCAGAACAAAGUACAAAAGAACAAGCAGAUGCUCAAAGCAGUAGUGUAGAAGCUAGUCAGAUUGAGCAGUUAACUGAAAAUGAAAGGAGUACCUCAAAGGAAGCAAUUGACGUACCAAGUGAAAUAAAAGAUAUAGAAACAUCUGUCAUUUCCACAGAAGAUAAUGAUAGUAACGUAGAUAACAACGCGCCUACUAGACAAAACAAUGAUACAACCAUAUCAAAUGGUUGCAAUGAUGUUCAAAGCAACGCGUCUAAAGAUGAGGAAACAAAUUCUUAUAGUAGUAAUAUUAUAUGUGAUAGUGAAUUAGUGCAAGAUAAAAAUGACGUCAUUAAUCUUUAUGAUACAACGGAUUCUGUAGAUACAAGUUUUUCAAAUGCACAAAAAGACAUAGAAGCACGUAACGAGGAAAUUGUCGUACCAGAGACUAACGACAAAAAUGACGACAUUUUCAAUGAAAAACCCUUUCAACAUGUAACGAGUGAGCCAAUAGAAGGAAAAACAGAAAACGAAGCGGUAGAAAAUAAGGAGGGUGAUGUCUGA